UAAUUUAAAUCAUGGUUCAUGCCAAAUAUUUCUGUUAUUUGAUAUUUCUGAUGAUAUUUUUUAAUAGCUGUGCAGUCUUUCAACAGACGAAGAAUAGAAAAGUUUUCUGAUUUACACCAAUAGCACUUUUGUUUAGAACAGUUUAUAUAUGCAUUAUUAACCAACAAUGAAUAUUUAUUUAGACGAAGUUGUAAGAAUAAUUGUUUAAUAUUCAUAUUUAUAUCAGUUAUAAUAAAUCUGGAAUCAGAAGGAAUUUUUAAAAUUUGAGAAUACCAGGGGUGAUAAGCCGAUUGCAAUAUUGAAUUUUGAUCCUGAGUUAUUGGUUGUGAUAUGGCCAAUUCCAACCGUAGUGUAUAGGCGUUAUUCCAAUUUAUGUCAGAUUUGUCUAAUAAAACACUUUUAUUUGAAUUAUUAUUCAAACUAUACUGCCUGUUUUUUAUAUAUCAAUCAGUUAAAUGAAAAUAAAAUUUAAAAAAUCUUUAUUUACAGCAACUCGUUUAGAAGAAAAAGAAUCUGAAAUGAAAAAUGAAUAUAGUAAAUUACAUGAAAGGUAUACAGAGUUAUUCAAAACUCAUAUGGAUUACAUGGAAAGAACAAAAAUUCUUUUUGGAACAGAUAGACUUGAACAGCUUACUUCAAGAUCAAAGCAGGGUUUGAAUCUUAGUCAACUAAAACAUGGAUCAUUAAUGACUAGUAUUGAAUCAGGUGAAUCACCUGUAAAAUCAAUGAAUACACCAAUAGAUUAUCAUAGUCCAAGUUCUUCAGGUCAAGAUACUGAUGUCAGUUUAAGUUUAAAAAGUGAAAUACAGUCUCAGGAAUUAAAUGCCACAUCACCAAAAUUACAAAAUCAGAAGGGAAAUGUUAUAAGUCAUUCAUCUGAAAAAGAGGAUGGAUGGACGGAUGGUUUUGGAUCAGACUUGACUCAGGCUAUUACAUCUGAAUUGGAUAUUUCUCAGUCAGAUGAUACAGAAUUGCAAAAAACCAAUAUUAAAAGGUAAUAAAAUGCAUUAAAUUUUUUUA